AUGCCUCGAGUUGUUGAUUACGCGCCAGCCUGGUUAUCUAGGCCUUCUCCUGCUGCUUCGUUUUUUUCAAGUUCCAGCUCGACAAAUGGCGCCGACCAGCCCGGCGAAUCAUACCUUGGACCAACAAAAGUGCUAGCUCGGCGAGACACCGAAGUUUUUGCUGUGGUGGACGGUCAGAUUCGAUGGUCAGAUCUUACUCUUCUGAAAGACGAAUGGCAGGAAAGCGUUAGACACAGAAGACAUGGCUCAAGACACGAAGAAGAGGACGCGGCUCCCUUAUCAGGCAGUCCUACGGUGUCUUCGAAAGGCGGGGCGUCGAACAAGUUUCGGUCUACUAAUGGAGUGAGAGGUGACUCUGAUACUACGUCUCAGUAUAGGAUACUUACUGUCCCAAUAUACGGCAACAUUAAACAACUGAUCCCCUCGCCGAAUGGCGCAUUCCUCGCUAUUCUCACAGUUCAUACCAUCCAUAUUGCCGUCCUACCAGAUUCAUCUCAUUUAUCUGGCCCAGAUCAUAGCCCUAUACGAUUGAGGACAUAUCAACUUGGGCCUGCCACGCAUGUCAUUCCAGAAUCGCCAGUGGUAUCUGCUUUGUGGCACCCCCUAGGCGUAUAUGACAACCACUGUGGCUGCAUUGUGACGGUCACCGCAGACUCGGCAUUGCGCGUCUGGGAAAUUGACCGGCGAGAUAAUUGGUCAUUUGAUCGUCCUGCUAUUGCUAUUGACCUUAAAAAGUUAAUCGACGGAAGGUCUUGUGAGGAUGAUUUUACUCCGUCAAGGUUCGGUCAAAACAAAGGAUUUUCUGUCGAUUCUUCUGAUAUGGAAGUUGCUUCGGCCUCGUUUGGUGGACGAGGUUAUGACGACGAAGAUGCCUGGGCAUCAAUGACCUUUUGGAUAGCGAUGAGGCAGGGCGAUGUCUACGCUCUAUGCCCGCUAUUACCAUCAAAAUGGCAUGCACCUUCUCUAACUAUCCCAUCCUUAAAAACUUCAGUUGUCCAUGCCUUAGCAGCAGCUCAGGAUGAUACUUUUGAUCAUGAUAAGCGAAAAUUCAUUGAGCAACAGUACGAGUGGCUUCGGGAAAUUGACAAUCAGGAACCGAUACAACCUGAUAGUGACUCUGGGCUCUCUGAAAUCCGACCACGACCAAGCAUCCCGAGUCCGAUACCAAGAUUGCAAGGUCCGUUUCAAUUCACUAUUGAAGAAGAGCCGGACGACUUCGAUGUCACCGAUAUAUUUGUUAUUGCUGCAAAGCCAAAGGUUGAUGGCCUUUUGAUUGGCGAAGAUGGUGGGCGUAUUUCCAACGAGAGUAGCCAGAAUGGAGUAUCAGGAACAGUGCUCUGCCUUGUGACUGAGAAUGGCGUGGUCCAUAUCGGACUUGAAAUGCAUGGUGUUGAAGGCCAAUGGCUUCCGCAUAAAAGCCAGAAUAAAUGUACCACUCCAGUGUCCGAAUCCAUGGAGCUCUUACUUCUUGAGUCUUUGCAGACGGUCCGAGGAAGCGAUCAACAACGAAAUUGCUGGCCCACUUUUUCGGAAGAUAUUGGAUCUCGCUAUAACUUUUUCGUGACAACGGCAAAUGCGAUCUCCUUCAUCUCCUUAUCUUCAUGGGCACACAGACUUGAGCCAGAGUUACAAUCGGAAGAUACGGUAGGGUCCGCAUAUCGAAUUGGUAUCAUGUGCGAUAGCUCCAUUGCAGAGGGCCAACAAAUAAUUCAGGUUAAACCUGCGAAACAACUAGGAAACUUUGAGCAUCUUACAAAUAGCUUGAUAUUUCACGACUUUGACUUGGGCUACAUGCUACUUACUUACACACCCUCAGAGGUCUGUGCGCUUAUUUUGGAGUCUUCGGCUGCCAGAGAUUCUGAGACAACAGAGGACAUUAUUUCUUCGGAGCCAGCAGCGAGCGUACAGCAAACCCACCUGCCCACCCUUCAACGCGCUCCGUACCAAGUCCCAUCACUUCUUUACUCUACAAACCCGCUUGUCUCCUUUGUCAAUGAUCAUGUUCCCCAUGGCCACAGGCAUACUUUAAAGGAGCCCAUCCGUCUUUCUCCAUCUACGCUUGAUACUAUGACUGCUGCUCAUCGAAUCUUGAGCUCAUAUAGCCAUGCACUUGAAAUAGCGGCUUCCGAUCUUUUCCGGAGGUGCGAAAGGUUACAAGGAGAAAUCCGCUACCAGUUAGAUCAACUUAUAGACAUUGCUGGAAGAAUUAACGACGUGUCGCAAGGCACUGUUCGACGACCUGUACAAUCUAGCAAAACCGGUCGCGAGGGAGCCUUAGACUCAAGGAUGGCCGCUGUUGAAUCUACGCAGAAGGAACUAACAUUGCGGUACCAUAAUCUGCGAAGCAAGCUUUUGAGAGCUGGUGGCCGCCCUAUUAGCGAUAGAGAAAAGGGUUGGAUACAAGAAGUUGGGACCUUGUCGAAUUCAAUUGGAGCAGACGAUGGGGAUGCACGUGCAGACCUGAUACAAAGACUUGAAACGGCAAAAGCACUGGCACAGUCUCUGUUAACUGAAGCCAGACGACUUUCUGAGGCGGACACAACUACAAUUGAUGUUGAUGCGCAGCCCACACCUUUAAGAGUUCCCCGCCGACUAAGGGAGGCAAAAGUUGUAGAUGCUAUGAAUAUGGUUGAGCGAGAAGCGGCAGUUAUAGAAGCUAUAACGUCGCGGCUCGAACGAUUGAAUACCGGAACGCUCGAAUUUUGA